GGCCCCAUGAAGCGGCUGUCAUGCGCAUAGCGGCACUGAUUGCACUUGUGCAGCUGUCGCUCGCUACAGCUUCAGAUGGCGAAACCCUCACUGCUGCCGAGCUGAACUACCAGCUCUCUGGCAAUGUCCUCUCCCCCUUCUACGAGUCCUCAGAGGAAACUGGGGUCACCUUCAUCCGCGGUUCACGAGCGGCCGACUCGCCGCAAACACCCGAUAUAGAUGUACAAUGUUCGGGAGAUUUUAUUGAUGUUACUGUGGAAUUCGCCGAUGUUUACGAUGGAAUCAUUUACAGUAAAGGUUUCUUGAAUGAUCCUAAAUGCAAAUACGUGUCGUUGGGCGGCAGUCAGUCUCGCUACUCGUUCCGAGUGCCGCUGAACGGCUGCGGCUCCCGGCCUCUAUGCAAUGCUUGCGGCACCAUUGACAACGUGCUGGUCUUCCAAGCUGACGACUUCGUGCAGGGCCCGCUUGACUUCGCCAGAAAGGUGUCUUGCGCCCGCACAUCAUACGAGCUGACAACCGGGCAGCGCCAAGAGUCGCACACGCUCAAACUGAAGCCGUUCAUGGUUGACAUGUUGGAUGUGGUCGCGGUUGAAGGCCCAGCCGGUGGCGUGGAGUGCUGGAUGGACAUACAGAAGGGUGUCUUCCCCAAUACGACCCCGCUAAAAGACUCCAUCAAGAUCGGCGAGUACCUGACCAUCCUGGUGUACCUGAAGGAUGUGAGGAACCAGUUCAACCUGAAGAUCCACGACUGCUGGGCGUAUGAUAGUGAACAGUACGACGGCCCAAAGACCAACAAGAUACAGCUUACGGACAAAGAGGGAUGCCCCAAGAAGAGGAAGCUCAUAGAUUUGUGGCAAAAGAGCACAAACACUGGCAAGAGCGGCGCCACCCUCAUCGCUUACAGUAAAGUGAGCGCCUUCCGCUUCCCUGAGACCGACCAGGUCUAUCUCACUUGCAAUGUCGAGCUCUGCACGAGCAACUGCGAUGGAGACUGCAAAGGAAUCACGACCGAAAUAACAACAGGCCCACCUCAGAUCAAAUGCUACCCCGGAUCCACAGAUCCUAGGUGUCCAAAAGCCAUACCACCUGCACCUAACUGCUACCCUGGCAGCACGGAUCCAAGAUGCCCUCAACAGACAACACCCCCACCGACAUACGUACCAACAACCGGACGACCAAACUGUUACCCAGGUUCUACUGAUCCAAGGUGUCCAAGGCCUUCUACACCUUCACAGCCAAAUUGCUUCCCUGGCAGCAAUGACCCUAGAUGUCCUAGACCAACAACGCCAGCGCCACCUAAUUGCUUCCCUGGCUCUAAUGAUGCUAGAUGCCCUAAACCAACCACCACUCCGGCGCAACCCUACUGUUACCCAGGAAGCCAAGAUCCUCGUUGUCCUGAAACUCCAAAAUGUUACCCUGGUAGCUCCAACCCAGCCUGCCCACGAACGACACAGCAACCUAACUGCUAUCCAGGCAGUACUGACCCUAGGUGUCCUAAGCCGACUACACCGGAGCCUAAGCCUGCCUGUUACCCUGGCUCGGCAGAUCCUAACUGCCCUCAACCAACUCGUCCAUCAACAUUGUCGCCGCCGACAUAUUUGCCACCGUCAACAACUGGACAGCCUAAAUGUUAUCCUGGAAGUACUGAUUCUCGUUGCCCCAGGCCAACGACACCAACCCCACCAAAUUGUUACCCUGGAAGCACAGAUCCUCGGUGCCCUAAACCAACCACUCAAGCGCCGCCGAACUGCUAUCCUGGAUCCACAGACCCACGUUGCCCACGCCCAACCACCCCUGCACCUACAACCACUGCUCGUCCUAAUUGCUACCCUGGAUCCACAGAUCCACGUUGCCCAAGACCAACUACACCAGCACCCCCUAACUGCUACCCUGGAAGCACAGACCCCAGAUGUCCAAAACCUACCACACAAAAACCAGUCUGUUACCCUGGAUCACCUGAUCCUAACUGCCCUCAACCACCAAGACCAACUACUUCGUCACCACCAACUUACCUACCCCCUUCAACUACUGCACAACCCAAAUGCUACCCUGGAAGUAACGAUCCACGAUGCCCAAGGCCAACUACGCCAGCGCCCCCUAAUUGCUACCCUGGAUCCACAGAUCCCCGUUGCCCAAGACCAACAACGCCAGCACCCCCUAACUGCUACCCUGGAAGCACAGACCCCAGAUGUCCAAAACCUACCACACAAAAACCAGUAUGUUACCCUGGAUCACCUGAUCCUAACUGCCCUCAACCACCAAGACCAACUACUUCGUCACCACCAACUUACCUACCCCCUUCAACUACUGCACAACCCAAAUGCUACCCUGGAAGUAACGAUCCACGAUGCCCAAGGCCAACUACGCCAGCGCCCGCUAAUUGCUACCCUGGAUCCACAGAUCCCCGUUGCCCAAGACCAACAACGCCAGCACCCCCGACCUGCUACCCUGGAAGCACAGACCCCAGAUGUCCAAAACCUACCACACAAAAACCAGUAUGUUACCCUGGAUCACCUGAUCCUAACUGCCCUCAACCACCAAGACCAACUACUUCGUCACCACCAACUUACCUACCCCCUUCAACUACAGCACAACCCAAAUGCUACCCUGGAAGUAACGAUCCACGAUGCCCAAGGCCUACUACGCCAGCGCCCCCUAAUUGCUACCCAGGAUCUACGGAUCCUCGUUGCCCAAGACCAACCACCCCUGCACCCACAACCACUGCUCGUCCUAAUUGCUACCCUGGAUCCACAGACCCCCGUUGCCCAAGACCAACAACGCCAGCCCCACCAAACUGCUAUCCCGGAUCUACGGACCCUCGUUGCCCAAGACCCACUACCCCCGCGCCAACAACCACUGCUCGUCCUAAUUGCUACCCGGGAUCCACAGAUCCACGUUGCCCAAGACCAACUACACCAGCACCCCCUAACUGCUACCCUGGAAGCACAGACUCCAGAUGUCCAAAACCUACCACACCAAAACCAGUCUGUUACCCUGGAUCACCUGAUCCUAACUGCCCUCAACCACCAAGACCAACUACUUCGUCACCACCAACUUACCUACCCCCUUCAACUACUGCACAACCCAAAUGCUACCCUGGAAGUAACGAUCCACGAUGCCCAGGACCCACUACCCCCGCACCAACAACCACUGCUCGUCCUAAUUGCUACCCUGGAUCCACAGAUCCACGUUGCCCAAGACCAACUACACCAGCACCCCCUAACUGCUACCCUGGAAGCACAGACCCCAGAUGUCCAAAACCUACCACACAAAAACCAGCCUGUUAUCCUGGAACUCCUGAUCCCAACUGCCCUCAACCCCCAAGACCAACUACUACAUCACCACCAACUUACCUACCCCCUUCAACUACUGCACAACCCAAAUGCUACCCUGGAAGUAACGAUCCACGAUGCCCAAGGCCAACUACUCCAGCGCCCCCUAAUUGCUACCCAGGAUCUACGGAUCCUCGUUGCACAAGACCAACCACCCCUACACCUACAACCACUGCGCGUCCUAAUUGCUACCCUGGAUCCACAGAUCCCCGUUGCCCAAGACCAACAACGCCAGCCCCACCAAACUGCUAUCCCGGAUCUACAGACCCUCGUUGCCCAAGACCCACUACCGCCGCACCAAAAACCACUGCGCGUCCUAAUUGCUACCCUGGAUCGACAGAUCCCCGUUGCCCAAGACCAACAACGCCAGCCCCACCAAACUGCUAUCCCGGAUCUACGGACCCUCGUUGCCCAAAACCAACUACACCAGCGCCCCCUAAUUGUUACCCAGGAAGCACGGACCCUCGAUGCCCUAAACCUACUAUACAAAAACCAGUGUGCUACCCUGGAUCCCCUGACCCCAACUGCCCUCAACCUCCAAGACCAACUACUUCGUCACCACCAACUUACUUGCCUCCAUCAACUACAGCACAGCCUAAAUGCUAUCCUGGAAGUAACGACCCUAGAUGCCCACGGCCUACUACACCAGCGCCCCCUAAUUGCUACCCUGGGUCUACGGAUCCACGUUGUCCAAGACCUACUACUCCUGCUCCUACAACCACUGCUCGUCCUAAUUGCUAUCCUGGAUCCACGGAUCCACGAUGCCCAAGGCCUACCACUCCGGCUCAACCAAACUGUUACCCUGGAAACACGGAUCCCCGUUGUCCGAGGCCUACUACCCUCGCACCUACAACCACUGCUCGUCCUAAUUGCUACCCUGGAUCUACAGAUCCACGUUGCCCAAUACCAACUACACCAGCACCCCCUAACUGCUACCCUGGCAACACCGAUCCUCGAUGCCCAAAACCAGUGUGCUACCCUGGAUCCCCUGAUCCCAAUUGCCCGCAACCCCCAAGACCAACUACCUUAUCACCACCAACUUACUUACCCCCAUCCACCACUGGACAGCCAAAAUGCUACCCCGGAAGUAACGAUCCUCGUUGUCCCAAACCGACCACCCCAGCACGUCCUAAUUGUUACCCUGGAUCCACAGAUCCACGUUGCCCAAGACCCACAACUCCAGCUCCACCAAAUUGCUUCCCAGGAUCAACCGAUCCUCGUUGCCCCAAACCUACUACGCCUGCCCCACCAAAUUGCUACCCUGGUUCCACGGACCCACGUUGUCCAAGGCCUACUACUCCUGCCCCUACAACGACUGCCCGUCCUAAUUGCUACCCUGGAGCCACUGAUCCACGUUGCCCAAGACCAACAACCCCUGCCCCACCAAACUGUUACCCUGGAAACACGGAUCCACGUUGUCCAAGGACUACCCCUGUGCCUACAACCACUUCCCGUCCCAAUUGCUACCCUGGAUCCACGGAUCCACGUUGCCCGAGACCAACAACUCAAAAACCAGUAUGCUACCCUGGAUCCCCUGACCCUAACUGCCCUCAACCUCCAAGGCCAACCACAUCUUCUCCCCCCACGUACUUACCCCCAUCAACUACGGGACAGCCAAAAUGCUAUCCUGGAAAUAACGAUCCACGAUGCCCAAGACCUACAACCCCAGCACCGCCUAAUUGCUAUCCUGGAUCCACGGAUCCACGUUGUCCAAGACCUACUACUCCUGCACCUACGACUACUGCUCGCCCCAAUUGUUAUCCAGGCAAUAAUGAUCCAAGAUGCCCUAAGCCAACUACUCAGGCCCCACCUAACUGCUACCCAGGAAAUAAUGACCCUAGAUGUCCAAAACCAACUACCCCUUCGCCUCCUAGAUGCUUCCCUGGAAGCACCGACCCUCGUUGCCCAAAACCAACCACUCCAGCCCCUCCAAAUUGCUACCCUGGAAACAGGGACCCUCGUUGCCCCCAAACGACCCCUAGACCCGCUUGCUACCCUGGUUCCGCUGACCCUAACUGCCCUCAGCCAUCACGCCCAACCACUUUGACACCGCCAACAUACCUUCCACCUUCAACUGCAGCUCCUAAAUGUUAUCCGGGAUCAGAUGAUCCUCGCUGCCCGAAACCAACCACACCAGCUCAGCCAAAGUGUUACCCUGGAAGCACAGAUCCAAGAUGCCCCAGACCAACUACGCCAGCACCCCCCAAUUGCUUCCCCGGAUCAACCGAUCCUCGUUGCCCAAAACCAACUACCCCAGCUCCACCAAACUGUUACCUUGGAAGCACUGAUCCAAGAUGCCCAAAGCCCACAACUCCAGCUCCUCCCAAUUGCUUCCCUGGAUCAACUGAUCCUCGUUGCCCAAAACCAACUACCCCAGCCCCUCCGAACUGCUAUCCUGGCAACACAGAUCCAAGAUGCCCAAGACCUACAGCACCUCCUCAAAUCAAAUGUUACCCAGGAUCAACCGAUCCUAGAUGUCCAAAACCAACUACUCCUAAGCCUGUUUGCUACCCCGGUUCCCCGGACCCUAACUGCCCACAACCUCCAAAACCUACGACUAUAACGCCACCUACUUACCUGCCACCUUCCACUCAAGCACCAAGGUGUUACCCAGGCUCGAAUGACCCUAGAUGCCCUAAGCCAACUACCCAGCCACCUCCUAACUGCUAUCCAGGAAAUAAUGACCCUAGAUGUCCUAGACCUACUCCACCAGCAACCACUCAAGCUCCGAGAUGUUACCCAGGCAGCCAGGACCCUAGGUGUCCUAAACCAACAACCCCUGCCCCUCCUAAUUGCUUCCCUGGAUCAACUGAUCCUCGCUGUCCAAAACCGACAACCCCUGCUCCUCCGAACUGCUAUCCAGGAAACACAGACCCUAAGUGCCCUAGACCUACAACCCAGGCACCUCCUAAUUGCUAUCCUGGAAGUACCGACCCUAGAUGUCCUAGACCUACUACCCCCGCUCCUCCUAACUGUUACCCUGGAUCCACUGAUCCUAGAUGCCCCAAGCCUACAACUCCAGCACCUCCAAGGUGCUAUCCAGGAAGUAAUGACCCCAGAUGCCCUAAGUCUACCACACCAGCCCCGCCAAAUUGCUUCCCAGGCAGCCAAGACCCUAGAUGUCCUAAGCCCACAACAACUAAACCUGUCUGUUAUCCAGGAUCUCCCGACCCGAACUGCCCACAACCACCAAGAACAACGACGGUUGGACCCACAUACUUGCCACCUUCCACUCAAGGACCUAGAUGUUAUCCUGGAUCGAAUGACCCUAGAUGCCCUAAACCUACCACACAAGCUCCUCCUAACUGUUAUCCAGGAAACAAUGACCCUAGGUGCCCUCGACCAACUACCCAGGCUCCACCUAAUUGCUACCCUGGAAGCACAGACCCUAGGUGCCCUCGACCAACAACUUUAGCACCUACGAGUCAAGCGCCUAGAUGUUACCCAGGCUCAAAUGACCCACGAUGCCCUAAACCUACCACACAGGCUCCUCCCAACUGCUAUCCUGGCAGCAACGACCCUAGGUGUCCAAGACCCACCACACAAGCGCCCCCUAACUGUUAUCCAGAAAACAAUGACCCUAGGUGCCCUCGACCAACUACCCAGGCUCCACCUAAUUGCUUCCCUGGAAGUACAGACCCUAGGUGUCCUAAACCAACAACUUUAGCACCUACGACUCAAGCUCCUAGAUGCUACCCAGGCUCAAAUGACCCACGAUGCCCUAAACCUACCACACUAGCGCCCCCUAACUGUUAUCCAGGAAACAAUGACCCUAGGUGCCCUCGACCCACGCCCCCGCCAACCACAAGAAAACCCGCGUGCUACCCUGGUUCUCCCGACCCUAACUGCCCUCAACCAUCAAGGCCUACAACAUUAGCCCCUACCACUUAUCUGCCACCUUCCACCCAAGGUCCAAGAUGUUACCCAGGCUCAAAUGAUCCUAGAUGUCCUAGGCCUACCACUCAGGCGCCGCCUAAUUGCUACCCUGGAAGCACAGACCCUAGAUGCCCUAAGCCUACUACUUUAGCACCAACUACCCAACCUGCUCCCAGAUGCUACCCAGGCAGCCAAGAUCCUAGGUGCCCUAGACCAACUACCCAGGCUCCACCAAAUUGCUACCCUGGAAGCACAGACCCCAGAUGUCCUAGACCUACAACUCAGGCACCGCCUAAUUGCUACCCAGGCAGCCAAGACCCUAGGUGCCCUAAACCAACUACCCAGGCUCCACCUAAUUGCUACCCUGGAAGCACAGACCCUAGGUGUCCUAAGCCAACAACUUUAGCACCUACGACUCAAACUCCUAGAUGCUACCCAGGCUCAAAUGACCCAAGAUGCCCUAAACCUACCACACAGGCUCCUCCCAAUUGCUAUCCUGGCAGCAACGACCCUAGGUGUCCAAGACCUACCACACAAGCGCCCCCUAACUGUUAUCCAGGAAACAAUGACCCUAGGUGCCCUCGACCCACGCCCCCGCCAACCACAAGAAAACCCGCGUGCUACCCUGGUUCUCCCGACCCUAACUGCCCUCAACCAUCAAGGCCUACAACAUUAACCCCUCCCACUUAUCUGCCACCUUCCACCCAAGGUCCAAGAUGUUAUCCAGGCUCUAAUGAUCCUAGAUGUCCUAAGCCUACUACUCAAGCUCCACCGAAUUGCUAUCCUGGAAACACAGACCCUAGAUGUCCAAGACCCACAACCCCGGCACCUCCAAGGUGUUACCCAGGAAGCACAGAUCCUCGUUGUCCUAAACCAACUACCCCCGCACCUACCACUCCCGCGCCGACUACCCCAGCACCACCCAGGUGUUACCCUGGCAGCCAAGACCCUAGGUGUCCAAAGCCAACCACACAAAAGCCAAGUUGUUACCCUGGAUCCCCUGAUCCUAACUGUCCCCAACCACCACGACCUACCACAGUAAGUCCUCCGACUUAUUUACCGCCCACAACCCAGGGUCCAAGAUGUUACCCAGGAUCUCAAGACCCUAGGUGUCCACAGCCUACCACUCCUAGCUCUUGCUACCCAGGAUCUAAAGACCCUAAAUGCCCUCAACCCUUCAGGCCGAGCAGCACUAAUCCUCCAUCGACAUAUCUACCGCCUUUCCCCAGUGAAAAUGAAAUUAGGGGCGGAAGAACUGCCAAAAAUGUAGACUACGAUGAUGAAGCCCAGGCUGCUAUAGAUAACUUCCAGUUCACAAGGACGAAACCUCGCUCCAGAAAAGCCCGUGACGUCAGCCAUUUAGUCGAGACCAUUGCUCAGGCAACCAACAAUUCCGCUGUCAUCUACGUCACAGUUGGCUCAGUCCUGCUCAUGCUCUUAUCGGCAACCGUUUCUGUGUAUAUGUACAAACACAACAAGAAAUCUAACCCUCAGAAUACUUGUUAAAUAACAGUGUCC